AUGGCCCUGAUCAUCAUCGCCGGUUCUGAGACCAAUGCAACUCUCUUGGUCAGCAUUGCCUCUAUCCUCGCCGAGCACCCUGAAAUACAACAAAAAGUAGCCGAAGAAGUACGGUCAACGUUCACCAAUGAAGAUGAACUCACCGCCUCAUCCGUCAACAAGCUGACCUACCUGCGAGCCUGCAUCAACGAAGCAAUGAGAUUGUUCCCGCCCGCUGCAAUUGGCGGACCGAGAGUUGUCUCCAAAGGCGGAGCUACAAUCGCCGGCCACUUUGUGCCUGAAAAUACAAUCGUGGCUGUUGCUCAAUGGGCAGCAUACCACUCAGCCGAGCGCUUUGCCAAGCCUCAUGAGUAUCGCCCUGAACGUUGGCUCAAAGAACAUCCAUUCGAAGGCGAUAAUCUUGAAGUCUUUCAGCCCUUUGGAUUCGGUAACAGAGAUUGUAUAGCCAGAAACUUGGCACACGUUGAGUCGAGACUUGUGCUGGCAAAGAUUAUCUGGAACUUUAACAUUCGUGUCUACGCUAGACAUGAGAAGUGGAGAGAGGAGCAGAAGUCGUACGUCCUUUGGGAUAAGAAGGACUUCUUUUGCAACACUGGAGCCUGUUCGGUAGAGGGUCAGGUUUUCUAUCUUGAGGCCUGGGGCGGGCGGUGGAGCGAAAGUCUGAUGUGCAGGAGCAAAACGUUGGCGGAAUAUAGCACGAUAUGA